AUGAAGUACAUCCAAACCGAUCAGGUUCUAGACAUCCCAGAGGGCGUUACUGUCAACAUCAAAUCCAGAGUGAUCAAGGUCACUGGUCCAAGAGGUGUUUUGACCAAGAACUUGAAGCACAUCGAUGUGACUUUCACCAAGGUCAGCAACAGACAAGUCAAGAUCACCGUUCACAAUGGUGACAGAAAGCACGUUGCUGCUUUGAGAACCGUCAAGUCUUUGGUGGCCAACAUGGUGACCGGUGUUACCAGAGGUUUCAAGUACAAGAUGAGAUACGUGUAUGCGCAUUUUCCCAUCAACGUUAACGUUGUUGAGAAGGACGGCGACAAGUUCGUUGAAAUCAGAAACUUUUUGGGUGACAAGUUGGUGAGAAUGGUGCCAGUCAGAGAAGGUGUGUCGAUUGACUUCUCCACCAACCAAAAGGACGAGAUUGUUUUGUCCGGUAACUCGAUCGAAAACGUUUCUCAAAACGCUGCUGACAUCCAACAAAUCUGCCGUGUCAGAAACAAGGAUAUCCGUAAGUUUUUGGAUGGUAUCUACGUUUCCGAAAAGGGCUUCAUUGAGGAAGAAGCUUAA